GCAUUCGCUGUACUACGACCUUACCACUACCCAGAAAACGAGCCUGAGAGCAGGCAACGACAUGUCAUCCAACGACCUCAUUGAUGCCCAGUUCGACCGCGCAGUUGAGAUUGUCCAGGGUUUGCCCAAGACUGGCCCUAUCCAGACGGACUAUGAGGAGAAACUGACGAUGUACAGCUUGUACAAGCAAGCAACGGUUGGAAAUGUAAAGUCACCGCGGCCCGCAAUGUGGGACAUGUUGGGGCGUGCAAAAUGGGAUGCUUGGGCUAAACACAAGGAUUUAGAUUCGUAUGAGGCAAAGUGGCUGUACGUAGACGCCCUUCUCAAGGUUUUGCGCAAAUAUUCCGACAAAACAGUUGCCAAGAGUCUCGUCGAGGAACUGGAGGCGUAUGGAGGCGACCCUUUCAAUCUUGUGAUGAGCGGAACCAUGUCAAGAUCCAGAGCAUCCUCAUCGUCAAGUUCUACUGCUUCAGAUGAAGUUCAUGCAUCACCAUACAUCCAUCAAAUUCAAUCACAUUCUGUCCAUAGCCAACAGCGAGACGAAACAGAUUCUGGUUCUGAAGUAGACGACAGCGCAGAUGAAGCUGGCGAGCUUCCGAAUCUUACCCCAGAGCAAAUAGAGAUGCCUCAACCGAACCGACCCCAAUCUUCCCUCUCUUCUCAUCGAUACAGAACACCCAUGACUGGAUCUCUUGCCAUAUCUCCUCCUCCUGCUCACGGUGGUGUCCCUGUAGCUCAACCAUUACCUGGAUUUGAAACCCCAUCCGCUUUCGGCGACUCCCCAACCCCAGCGCCGUCGUCUGUAUAUCCCACCAGCCAAUUUUCCCAAUCAUCUCAGAACGAAAUGACCGGCUCGCCACAUAUAUACCCUUCCCAUCCUCAAUACCGCGGGCAAUCCCAACCAAUUCUCAUGUCCCAGUUUGGACCUUAUGUGCCAGUGAGACCUGCAACGCGGCCUACGCUUGAACGUGCUGUCGAAAACGUGCAGGCCCAGCUGGCUGCCAUGGGUGAACGCAUUGAGUCAAUUGAAUCUAUCUACCUGCCGAAUUCUCGAUCUCAUUCAUCUCUCGGCGGACGUAGGCUCAGCCCCAGCUGGGCGGGGCCUCGGGGCAGUCUAGGCACAGGCCCAGAAUGGGACUUUGAUGAUUUGGGGAUGUGGUCUUUGGUGUUGAAUCCUAUGUCCAGAGGGAUUGAGCAGCUCCGCGAGUUUACAAAGUUCUUCUCUAAGAACGAGCAUAGAUCCCCCUCUACGAUAAUUAUACGACGUCUGUGUUUGGACGCGUCUUUCCUGUUAUGUGUCCUUGCUUUUGUGAGGAUCAUGUGGAAAAAGAGUGGUGUGAGGAGAAGGGAAGUCACUGCUGCCCUUAUCGUCCUGUGGAAUGCUAUACUAGGGACCAAGCAUAGGACUAUGGUGGAUAAGGGUGUCUAGUUGAUGUAUUUGCGUUUAAUCUUGUACAUGUGUGGAUAAGGAUAAGGAUCUACAAUGGAAGUAUACCUCGUAUUCUCGUUUGAAGAAAGGUGUUUUUACGUUUCAUUAAUGAGAGCUUCAAGGUCUCCAAGCAGAAGCGAACAGGUGAUUAUUUGUCGACG